AUGGCAAAAUUAAUUUCUCAGAGUCUGACUGCUUCUUUUCCAAGAAGAGCUAAGUGGUCUCCUGAUGGGAAAUGCCUUUUGUCAGCGACUUAUGAUAGAAAACUUCAAUUUUUUUCAGCAGAAAAUGGGAUUUUAAAUUCAUCAUUCGAUAAAAAAUCACCAAAAGACGUUACAGAUAUAGUAUGGUAUCCGUUAAUGAAUACAGAUGAUAAAUCAUCGUGUGCUUUCGCUUCAGUUUGCCCGUUUUUUCCUGUUGAAUUAAUAGAUUCUUUAGAUGGACAUAUUAGAGCCCAAUACAGGUGUCAAUACGGUGGAGAUCGACCAGCUUCAAUAGCAUCUCUCGAAUUUUUAGGAAAUUCCAUUUUAGCUGGAGGAAGCAAAACACUAUAUCAAUGCGAUAUGAUAAAAGGAGAUAAUUUUGGAACGCCUAUUUACAAUUGCAAAGGGUCAAUCUUAUCUUUAGCAACACAUCCAUCGUCUAAUUUUUUAGCUGCUGGAAAGUCUACUGGUAAAGUCAGUUUUUUAGAUGCCAGAAACUAUACUGAUGUUCUUGAAGUUGAUUUUCAUAACCAUGGCGUUGAUUCAAUUUGUUGGGUUGAUCAUUUUCUAUUAUCAUCAGCAAAACUUGAGAAUGAAGUCAUUAUAUUAGAUACUAGAACUCCUUCUGUUCCAUUUGGUUUUAUUAAAAUCGAAAGAAAGAGUAGCAGAUACAUUUCGAUUUCCUACUCAGGAGAUAACAUCGUAGUCGGCAGUGAAGGGUCUAAUGCCUUGAUAUAUGAUAAGGAAUUCAACAAAAUUGGUCAAGUUGGUGAAAAUCCAACACCAAUAGUUGAGAUAUCAAAAGAUUCAUAUAUUCUUGCUGCUUCUGGUACAUUCCAGCAAAUAUCAGAUGAAGAUAUAGGCGUCAUUGAAUUUCGUCCUAUUCUCAAAUCAUUUUCUGUUUAUAAAUAA